AAGGAAAUGAGGUCACAGCAUGCGUUUGAGCACGUUCGGGGAUCAAUAAGGACUUACGGGAUAAUAGGGUACGAGUAUGUGGAGUAUGGAUCAUGCUAAAAAAUAUUGUUGAAAAUCAAGAUUUGUAAUACCAAAAAGCCAAGGUUCGUGGGAACAGGAAUUCAUGGAAACAGGUGGCUGUCCUUUCACUACCCGAAUCGAAGAUAGCCUUAAUUGGACAGCCAGACUCUGAAGGGAAGUAAGCCUGCUUAGUGAGACUAUUGAUUGGGUCCAGGCCAGGGAACAUAAAGGAAGCAUUUGGAACACAGAUUGCACACAGUUGUCUUCAGUAUUGCCAAUUUAAUUGUAGAAGAGGAUGGGGGAAGCUGUAGCUAAUGUUGCGAGGAGGAUCAAUGAAACUGUGGAAGAGGAGAAAGACACUCUUGAUUUGUCAGCGUGCAAACUGAUUAACUUCCCAGACGCAGUCUACAAAGUCCUGAGGAAUGUAACAGAGAAGAUACAUGUUAUUACUUUGGCUAAUAACGAGUUUAAAUCAUUGACCAGCAAGUUCAUAACCAACUUCAGUCAGCUAAGAGAGUUGAAUUUGGAAGGAAACCACUUGACUAAACUUCCAGAUGUGAUCGGUACAAUGUUGCACUUAACAACCAUCAAUCUGGCUCGGAAUAAAUUCACUGCCUUCCCUGAGAAGCUGACUGACAUUAAGACUCUGGAGAGGAUUAAUCUGGAGGGAAAUGAGAUUUCCGAAGUGCCUAUGGAUAAGCUGUCAGCUAUGCCAUCUCUUCAGUGUGUCAAUAUGAAGUCAAAUCCAAUAAAGAAAGAAAAGUUGACAGCCUCAACACCUCCAAUUACAUUUGAGCUGCUGACGACUCCUGAAGACAAUGUUGUUUAAAUUAAUUUAUAAUUACAGAAACCUUAUUAUACUAUGUCUGCAGUAGGUUUUGUAAUUACAUUCAAUAGUUUUGCUACUAAAACUAAGUUAUUUUUUUUUCUUAUUAAUAGUACCCAAGUGGGGUUUGUGUGAAUUCACAUCAAAUAAUGUUAUUAUACAAAAUUUCAUGCAUUGUUUUAUUUUGUAAUGUGUAUAAUUGGAGGCUUGGUGGUCCAGUGGUUAAAGAAAUGGGUUUGUUACCAGGAGUUUCCUGGUUCAAUCCCGGCUCCGCCUCAGACUCACUGUGUGUGACCCUGAGCAAGUCACUUAACCUCCUUGUGCUCCAUCCUUCGGAUGAGACUUAAAACCGAGGUCCUAUUGUAAGCGAUUCUGCAGCAACAGGUGUGAAAUGUAAUGUGUUUGCAUAGAAGAUCUCCAUAAAAUAUAUAUAUAUAUAUAUUUUAUAUUUGGGGGGGCGGGGUACAUUUAAAUACAUCUGCUGUAAAAAAUAAAUAAAUAAAUAAAACCUUUUACAGCAUUUCU